GAGUGAGCAGUCGAUUUCCUCGGUCGCGUUUACUCGGUUGUUUACGGCAGAGAACUUCUGCGCUCCGCUCGCUGUCAUGCAGGUGGAAUUCAGCCCAGCAGCCGUGUGAUUCAGCGCAUCAGGGCAGGCGUUCAGUGUGAAGACAGCUCCUCUCCGAACACGACUUCAUCUCCGAGCAUCGCACACACAGUUCAACCUCAUCGAAGUCAUGGCAUCGUCGAGGAGUUUGGACGGCACGCAGGUCGGAUACGAUCGAACGACGAUCUAGAGAGAGGCUCGCAUCAUGCUCAGGUGGUCUGCCUUUCCCACCGAAGGAGAUCACACAGGCUGCGUUUGGGAAAGAGAACAGUCCUGCGAAUGUUCAGAAUAUUAAUCAGAUAUUUUGUAUGAUCAUGGAGGAGAGCAAUACCUGUGAAUCGGUGCCAGAUUUAAAGGACCUGGAGUUGAAAGUGGGGAGAAAGACCCCAGAGGGGCUCCUGAAGUGGAUGAGAGAAGAGCACAAAAUGAUCUCUCAUCAUCAGGCAGACAAUAAUGAGACUGAGAAGAAGGGCCUGGAUGAGAAGAUCCGAAAACUUAAAAUGGAGAUGGCUUAUCUACGAGCAGCAGACGUCAAGAUCUUGAACCAGUUGCUAGCACUUCACGAGGGCAUCGAGGCAGUGAAAUGGCUUCUGGAAGAGCGUGGUGCACUCACCAGCCGCUGCAGCAGCCUAACCAGCAGCCAGUACAGCUUAGGGGAGGGUCCCGACACCUCCUGGAGGGGCAGCUGGAGCAGUCUGCAGGACCCCCAUGACAAGCUGGACAACAUUUCAAUUGGCAGCUACCUGGACACAUUAGCUGAUGACUUGGAUGAGUACUGCCCCUCUAGUGGGACCGAUUCAAUACUCUGUGCCACUCCUAUGGGGACAGAUGGCUCCAGAGGUACUGGAGGAGGAGUGGGAAGUUCCACAGGAUCUGGAACCCGAUCGCCACAAGUCAAGUCCGAUGCCCCAAAAGAAGAAGCUCAGGUUUGGAAUAAAGCACCAUCUGAUACAUCGAGACCAUACCAGCCUAGCAAGACGAAUGGAAUCCUGGACAAAGCAGUGAAGCAAAUGGUCAGACCAGAUUCGCCCAGGGCCUGUCUCGCCGAGAAGCUGGGAAAGAAUCUGAGCCCUAAAAUGAAACCCUACAAGAAUGGCAAAGUUGAGUUGGAGAGCUGCAAAAUGAACGGCAAAGUGCAACUAGAGUAUGACGCACAUUGGCGUUGGGUGCAGUCGCAGGAUGAUGUGACUUUUUUGUGAUAAUAUGCAUGAUCAAGCCAAAGGUGUUGAUGGGAGAUUGCUCUGCUUCUCUAUUCAACACUGAGCUUUUUGUUUGUAGACUUUGAUCUUUGAUUAAUUUGAGGCCAGCGUCUUAGAUCUUUUGAAAUGACAGAGGUUACGAAGUAAGCAAUGGAAAAGAAUAAGGAAUGGAAAGAAGCUUAGUCCUACGGAGUUAAAAAAAAAUCCUGAAUUAAUGACAUUAUAUAAUCUUUGUCAGGUUGUGUAGAUGUUUAUGGAUGCAUGUUUCAAAUGUGCAUUUCAUAUGAGAUCAUAAGCUUUUAUGUAAUGGCAUUUAUUGAUUCAACACAACUAUUUAUUAAGUCUUUAUUGAAUAUGUCAGUAUAUUAAUUUCAUUUAAAUGAUGCGGUUUCAAUCCUAUGCGCUUAUGUUACAACAUUUCUCAUAAAAAUGUAUUACCACCAUUCAAAGGCUGCAUUUAUUUGAGCAAAAUACAUUAAAACGGUAAUAUUGUGAAAUAUUACAAUUUAAAGUCACAGUUUUCUAUUUCAAUAUAUUUUAAAAUGUAUUUAUUUAUGUGAUAGCAAAGCUAAAGUUUAAUAUUAUUUUUGUUUUAAAACUAAGACAUUUUCUUAGGAUUCUUUAAAGAAUAUAAAGUCAUAAAAAAUUAAUAUAGGAAAGAAAAAUCAUUUAUUUUACGUUGAAAUGAUUUGUAAUCUCUACUCUUACUUUUGAUCAAUGAAAUGCCUCCUUGCUGAACAAAUUAAUUUCUUUCGAAAGAGUGCACAAAUGCUCGCAUUUCCUUUUUUAUCCAUUUAUUUUAAAGUGGACCAAAGUUUGUUUAGCUAAAACAAUCUAAAAGUUUAAAAACACAGCAACUUAUUUUGUUACAAAAUCGAAUCGUUUUUUUUAUGCUGUGUCUGACCAUUUUGUUUGACCUUUCAGCUGAUUACAAUAUGGACAAAAUAAAGUGCAGCAUUUGCUCUUAAACUGUAAGGAACGUUUAAAUCAUGCUCCAUUUUACUACCAAAGUCUUAAAUCACCUAAGAGUGUGUUCCUCCGAGUUAACAUCUAAAGGUCAAAGAAUAAAUCCAUUCUGAAUACCAAGCAUGUUCCCAUCUGUUGCAAAGUGACCCUGAGUCCAGAAUCAGCAACACCCUUGAAUUGCCUUUGACAAUUAAUUAUACAAUCAGAAUGCCAUUUUUACACACAUAUAUAAAUGUUCAUUUGAAAACUGUCUGUAGUUUACUCUUUGUCUGUCAGAAUGCUUAUGUAAUCAGUCAGUAAAAUGCUGUAUUGUCAAUCUAAUCAGGUAAACUGUGGGUUAGCUUUAAAUAGGAUCCUGUUUUGAAGUACCACUUAUUACUGGUUCUAUUGAAUGACCGAAUUAAAUGAGCUUGAAAAACAGGAACAAGAAUUAAGGAUGUCAUAUAGCUUAUUCCACUGCACAGGUCCAAUGGAGUAACAUUGCUCAUACAAACGCAUGGAGACCAGUGAUUGUGCUGUGAUCUUUGCAUUUGUGAUGUCUUCUCUUGUUAUUUAAAAAUCUAGCACCUAAAGUGCACUUUUAAUUUAAAGUUGUUCAGAUGACUAACUUGUACCAAUUAAUCAAGUUCUGUAUGUGGUGUAACUUGGUCACAGUGUUAGCACUGGAUAUAAUCUUGCAUUGCCUAUGUUUUGUAUGCCAAAAGAACUGCAUUGAUGUGUUUUUUUUUGGUCUAAUGGAUGAACUGAAAGUACUAUCAGUAUUCAACGAUUUAGCAUAUAGUGUGUUAUGUAAUAAAACACUGUACUGUA